AUGGAUUGCAGGCCUUUGGAAAUAACGGUGUUCGGCGCAAAUGACAUCAAGGACGUGAACAUGUUCUCCAAGACGGACAUCUACACCGUUGUCUCCGUCUCCGGUAACAGCGUCAGGAAGCAGAAGCUCCGCACCCCUGUCCACAAAGACGUCGGCACCAACCCCAAAUGGAACCGCACCCUCAAGUUCACCCUCGACAACUCCGCCCUCGACCACCUCCAAAUCAAAAUCAAGCUCAUAUGUGACCGCACCUUCGGCGAGACCAAGAUCGGAAAGGUCGUUGUUCCGGUCAAGAACCUCCUGCAAAACUAG